AUGCGAAAAUCGUCGAAAAAACUCGUGUACACGCUGGCGCCCGAGAGCUUCACCAACGGCCACUCGCUGGGCGUCAAUUCGCUCUGUGCCCACGAUGAUCUGUUGUAUUCCGCCGGUCGAGACGGAGUGGUAAACAUGUGGUCGACUUCGAAAACCGCCCCCACCAAGUUUGUGGCUGCCAACCAGAUGCACACGCACUGGGUCAACGACAUUUGCACCGUCAACAAUGGCCGCAGCAUACUGUCGGCGUCGUCGGACCUGUCGGUGAAGCUGUGGACCCCCAGCAGAAACGAAACGGUGCUGGUGGGCCACCACAGAGACUACGUCAAGUGCAUUGCCGAGAGAGGCCAGGCAGAUCCCACGUGGGCAGCCACGGGCGGACUGGAUCAGCAAAUCAUCAUCUGGGACCUCGUGGCGCUCAAGCAGCGGGCCGUCAUGAAACCCACCUCGUCCAACCAGGCCGCCCGUUCCCAGCAGCAUUUGUCACUCUACUCGCUUGCAGCCUCUUCCAGUGGCUCACAGCUCGUGGUGGGAGGCGGACCCGACGGAAUCAUUCGGUGUUGGGACGCCCGAGAACCCGAAAGGGUCCAGGCCAUGCUCGUGGGCCACACUGACAAUGUGCGGUCCAUCGUGCUGCCCGAAGACGUUGGCGGCACGCCCGGAGGACUCAUUUCGGCCUCCAGUGACGGCACCGUGCGGCUGUGGGACGUGGGUAUGCGAAAGGUCGUUUCUACUCUCGAUUCGCAUGUAGACUCCGUCUGGUCUCUCAGCAUGACGGACCCCGAGACACUGUACUCGGCCGACCGGUCGGGUCUGGUCAUCAAGACGGACCUCAGCCGCGGUCUGGAUGUCGACUCCGAGGUCGUGUGCCGCGAGCACGGCUCUGUGAACCGAGUUCUAGCUGUAGACGGCUCGGUUUGGACCGCCACAGAAAACUCGCGAAUCCACAGAUGGGCAGACGUGGCAGUGCGACCUGGAAAACAGGUCUCGGAGGUACCCGAGGAGCCCACAGCGCCCGUGCGAACCAAGGGCCAUGCCCAUUCGGGCUCACAUGACUGGGGAGAUUGGACCAUCAAGUUUCAUGGAGAUGGUAAACCCGAAGAGGGCGGCCUGGAGACCACAGAGGUGACCACGUCGGAAACCCCGUCUGACACUCCUUCAGAUACACUGCUGGAGACUCUACAGGGCCAAAACGGUCUCAUCAAACACAAACUGCUACUCAACAGAAGACAAGUCCUUGCCAUUGAUACGGCUGGUGAAGUGAGUCUGUGGGAUCUUGUCCUGUGUCGGGAGGUGCAAAAGUUUGGCAAGCGAGAUAUGGACGAGGUGUUCAACGAGCUCAAGACCCACGAAAUUGGAGUUGCUUGGUGCCAGGUGCAAACCAAGUCCGGACGACUGUAUGUCACCCUGGAAGAAAACUCGUUCAGCGAUGGAGAAGUAUACAUUGACGAGCUGGGAACGGAUUAUGUUUUCCCCGAAGACUUUGUGCGUUCUUCAGCCUCCACUACUUCGUCUGGACUGGAUAAUCCGGAUCAGCGGCUUAAUCUCGGCCAGUGGAUCCUCACUAAUCUGUUCACCAAUCUCAUUGAUAAACAGCUGGAGAGUGACGCCGACUACAGACGACACUUUGAUGAGUACAGAGCCAACGAGGAGCGGGCUGCUGCUGCCGCACUGGCUGCCAAAGAGGAGAAGCAGCUGCCUCCUACCCCUGCAGAAGAUGUUUCUGCUGCCAACGCAGCCAACAACGUCAAGGAGGAGCCGUCUAAGUUCCGUCUGUUUGGCAAAAAGAAGCGAAAUUCCGUCGCUGGUGCCUCUUCCACCCCCACAGUCAACACGGCAGCAGCCGCGGCCACAACUAACGGUACAAGUAAGCCCACUUCUCCCGUGGCCACUACCCGACCGUCUACUGCCGCCAACGCUGCUGCCGCCUCUUCUGCUGCUGCCGAUGUGCCUCCUCCCAACCUGGAAGCCAUUACUGCAACUACACGGGCCAAGUAUGCGUCUUCAAGCGACGCCUCUCUGCUCAAGCCACCAUCCCUCCCCAAGCUCGAGAUCCCCAAUGUCGUGGUUAUCAUUUCGCAAUACAAUUCUGACUUUGGCGAAAACAUGGACUUGGUGUGUGAGCAGCGCGACAAGUUUGAGAGUCAUUACAACGACCUGCCCGAUUGGGUGGUAAAUUUGCUUCUGUUCAACCAGAUUCCACACAAGGAUCCCGUCAAGGUGAACUUCACGCUGACACCGGAGCACGAGAAGGAUGCCAUCAACCCCCCUAGACUCAGUGCGUACCGAAUGCUGCGUAUUAAGAGGAUUACUAAUUACAUUAGCGAUCAUCUGGCGUCUAGACCUAAUCCUGAAACCAUUGAGUUGUCCUGUCAGGGCCGUGUUCUGGGACCUAAGGAGACGUUGGCCAGUGUGAGAAGCCUGUGGAAGACGGGAGGAGACGUGGUUAUCAAUUAUCGUUUUGUGUAA